UCUUGCUGGUCUGUGAAGGUUAUGGAGGAUCUGACAUCAAAAAUUGUAUCUUUGUUUUUUGUUUGUCUAUCUUUGUUUCUGAAGAAAAUUGUUUAGAAGUAUGGCUCAAAAUAUGAUAUUUGUUGCUGGAUCCUCUUCACUUUGCUUUGGAGGAGAGUUUUCAUUUUCCUUCUUUCACUUUUUUUUCCAUACUGAAAAUACUAGAUUAACAGCUCAAAAGUCUGGAAUUCAGAGGUAAUGAUGCUACAAAGUUUAGCUGGCAAGUUGCUUUGCCACAAAACAGAAGAACCAGAGCUCUUAGCAAAAGAUGCUGCCCAAUUUGCAGCAGUGUUAGCUUCUCUGAAGAUAUGGUUGAAUUGUACCUCCAAGAAAUUACCUUUGAGCUUCCUUCUUUCACUUGAUUUGAUGCUAUUCUUCCAUUUGUUUUCUUCUCUCAAGUUCAGGUUCAUCUUAGCUGCAGAUUCUUGUCUUCACAUGGCAUAAAAUAUUUCUCUAGAACACAUGAAAAGCAAGAUGAUUUCAUCCCCUCUCCCCCCCCUCUUUUUUUUUUGCUUUAAAUUAAAAUGUCAAUCUGCCUUCCCUUUUGCAGUACAUUGGCUGUUCUCAUUCCUUUGCUUUCUUUCUGCCAUGUGGUUGUUCCCAGUCCUGUUUGAGGUUUUUGUUAUGGACCAGCUUUUCCAUGCUGUCAUGUAAAGAUUUUGUUUGUUGUACACAUUGUGGAAAGGAGACUAGGAAACCAUGAUCUCUCUCUCCUUUGUCCCUGCCUCAGCAUCCCUCUCAAGCCCAAAUACCACUCAAUAGUGCUUGGUUGGAUUGACUCGAUCGCCAGCUGAGGAGGAUCGGAUUGGAGGUGGAAAUGGAGGGAGGAGACACCUUCUCAGUCCAUGGAAAUGGAAACCAAGUGGACAACAAGGCCUUCCAUGCCUUCCAGAAGAGCUUCGUUCAGGUGCAGAGCAUCUUGAAUCAGAACAGGCUACUGAUCAAUGAGAUCAACCAGAACCAUGAGACAAUGAUCCCCGACAACCUUGGCCGCAACGUCGGCCUCAUCAGGGAGCUCAACAACAACAUCCGCCGUGUCGUCGACCUGUACGCCGACCUCUCCCUCUCCUUCACCGGGCCGAUGGAGGCGUCGUCCGGGGGCGACUCCGGUGGGAAGCUCGGCCACAAGAGGGUUAGACAUGUCAACGAGUCAUAGUCGCUCAUUGUUCCAUGUUUAGUGUCCUCCUGUUGUCCAGUGUCGUGCUGUUCCUGCUCUUACGGGCCAAAGACCUUCGUCUUAUCUCGUGUGGUGGUUGUCUUCCUUAGAUGCUUUGAUGUGGCAACAAGAAAGCAGCUUUGGUACCCA